AUGUUCACGACCGCAGCGCAGCUAUUGGACCUGACCGACAAGAAACUUAUGGUCGUUCUUCGCGAUGGACGGAAAUUGAUCGGCGUGCUGAGAAGCUGGGAUCAGUAUGGCAAUAUUGUUCUACAAGAUACGGUUGAGCGAUUAUUCGUCCCCAAGUUCUUCGCCGAUAUCAAGCGCGGCAUAUUCCUCGUUCGCGGCGAAAACAUUCUACUCUUGGGUGAAAUAGACCUCGAUAAAGACGACGACAUCCCGGACGGAUACGAACAAGCCCCGGUUGAGAAGGUCUUCCUGAUGCAGAAGGCCGAGGAGGAGAAAACCAAGAAACGAGAAAAGCGGAAGCAGACCCGGCUACAAGCGUAUGGUUUCGAAGGCGAGCGUGCAGGAGAGGCCAUACUGUGA